CGGCUGCGGCAGGCAACGAAGCGGAACGGGGUUUUUUCUACAUUACACAGCUUUUGUAAUCUUUUAAACCCCGAAACUGGUAAUUAACACCGCAUAUUGUGUUUAUGUAAUAUAUUUACCUGUUAAAUAGUAUUGUUAAAAUAUAAAAGUGAAUACCAGGGUAAUUACAAAAAACCUCCGUCUUAACGCUUAGGUAACUCUAACGAGAAGGUCGCUAAGAAUUUAGGUAGGCCUCUGUUAUUUAGCACAAGCUUAAAUAAUCCUAAAUCGCACCAGCAUAGUUUGCGAAUAGUUGAGAAUAACAACAAUACGUUCUGAUAAUAGAUAGCCAGGCGAAGGGUAAACGUCUAAAUGUCAUUUAGAUAACAAUUUUCAAUUUUUUGCCGGAUAUUAUCUUUCUCUCACUGCUAGGAAUCGCUCGUAAUUCGUCCCAGCUAGCUUUGGGCUACUUUUUAUUUUGCAACAGUAAGUAUGUGAUUAUUUCCUUGUCCGUUUUGGUUUUAAUUUUUUGGUGACUUAUGUUAUUUGCCAGGAAACGUCGAUGUUAGUUAGUUGUCUGGGAUUUUACCCGAAACUUGCUCUAAUAUUAACGACAAUUGUGGUUGUGGCCUCAGGGGAGUAUUUGUUUUGCUCGUGAUACUUGUUAGUAAGAUUGCGAGCCACUGUUUUAUCUGUUUACUUUAGUGUUAUAUUUUAACUUUGAACUGCUUUUUACCUGUUACUUAAAAUGGACGUCAGAGUUGUUCUUCAAGCUGAUUGUCAUUGUGGAACAAGGGCCUCCAUGUCUACAGUAAAUAAACAACCCAACCGGUGUGAACUCCGGAAAACUUCCAAUUUAGUUCUUUGUAUUGGAUUAGAUACUUGAAAUAUAUAAGCAUGGGUUGAUUAUGCAGCGUAGAGACAGUGAGUCUUUCCACUGAUCUAGAUCCCAGUUAUAACAAAAUUCCAGUUUGCCUUGGAAGCAUAUUUGUGUCGUGAUGCUUUACCUUUGUGUUGAAAUGUCCAAUUGUCUCUUUUGUACACGUGCACAAAUGUCUGUCUCUUAAUAACUCAUGUUUUCAGUUCCCUGGGGAGUAUUUUUGAUUGGUUUGUAGGUUUAAAAUCAUCCGCAUGGCCCUUUGUGGGGAUCCCUGGAUACGGAUAGCUUGCCCCCCAUGAGAAUACAUUGGCAGAAGAUUUUUUUUUCUCUUCAGCAUUGGUAAUCAACAGCUGAGAAUCUCUAGAAGCUUGAAUAUCCUACCCAUUUUUGUCUACUGUCAUCACUCCAAGUGUGCAAAAUGCCACCAAGCCCAAGAAGAAGCUGAGGAUUUUUUUUCCACCCAUCCACAUUUGUCCGCUUUUUUGCCACAUCAGUUUAAGCAUUUUUGGAUCUAUUUUUUUCUUUUCCGGCUGUUUAUGUUCCCCUGUUUAUUUCUUUCAUUAGUUACACCAAUUAAUAAAAAAAAAAAAACAAUUUAAAAAAAAUCCCCAAAGGACUCUAUUGCAUCCACCAUCAGUAAUAUUUAGCAGUCUGGCGGAGAUAAAGAUGUCUCAGAAAAGGGAUGUCAUAGGAAGACAAGUGUCUCUGGGCGACCCACCCCCAUUUUCCUCUUAUCUCAUGGAUCAAGUGUUCCUUCAGGACUCCACACCACCACGGAGACACCCUGCCAGCAGUGCACUCUCGAGGGAGACAACUUCUCAGCCGCCUCAGGGAGAGUCCUGUUGGUCUUGAGGAGAGCCAUCUCCUGGGUUUAAAGUUUGUAGCCUCAUCAUCCCCGCCACUCAAGACGCAUACCAGCAUUACCAUGACCAACCAUGGAGAUGACUGCUACUUCUUUUACUAUUCCACCUGCACUAAAGGAGACAGCUGCCCCUUCAGACAUUGUGAGGCAGCUAUGGGCAAUGAGACAGUCUGCAACCUGUGGCAGGAAGGACGCUGCUUUCGGACCAUCUGCAAGUUUCGCCACAUGGAAAUCACGAAAAACCGAAAGGAGAUACCUUGUUAUUGGGAGAACCAGCCAGCUGGCUGCCAGAAGCCACACUGUGCCUUCCUCCACGAAAAGGCCCGCUACAUUGAUGGUAUCUUUGUCCCACCAAAUAAAAGUCUGAGCAAGAACGAAGAACAGCUACUUGAGGAGCCAGCUCCCCCACCUGCUACCCCUCUCCCCACUGCAGCCAAUCCACAGCUCAGAGGGGUCAUUAAGACAGAAACUCAGGAGCCGGUACCUAGCCCAACCCACCCACCAGUGGUGAUUAAUCCAGCAGAUGAUGAUGAGGAUGAAGAUGACCAGUUCUCAGAGGAGGGAGAGGAUGGCAAAGUCGGCCCUUCUCCUAGAAAGCUACCGAAAUCAGAUAACACACUGAAUUUUGGAGUGAGCACCCUGGAGGAGAUCCGGCUGAGGAAGGCCCUGAAGGCCAGCAUGAAGAGAGCUGGUUACCCAAUCCAGAGCGCUGAUACCUCGGCCAACGGAGAGAAAGAAAACAUCCAGUCUUUAUUUCGACCAGCUCUCCACGAGACUAGAGAUUACUCACUUGCCAUUGAAGAAAUCGGUAGACCAAGAGGCAGUGUGACUGAAAGGCUUGGAAGGAAGAUGCCCACAACUGAUGUAAAAAGUGGAGAUGGUGUCUUGCUGAAAAGCAGUCUGGCUGAGCGCCUGGGCAGAGUUGUGGAUGAGGAAGCGCCAUCAAUGCCCCCUCAAAAAGUUUUGAAGCCUAUUAAGGCAAGACUUGGAUUGCCUGCCGCUCUUGUUGCACCCACUCACCCAGCUGAGACCAGUAUGGAGUCAAAGAAGGCUCCUGAGCAGAUCCGCAUCAAAACUUUGGAGGAAAUCAGACAGGAGAAGGCAGAAAAGUCUCAGUCUCAGAGCCAGGUCAAUGGCCCUUCAGUUGUGGGUCCAGGAGGCACUAAAACCGUCACUCCCAAAGCCACCAAGGGUGUUAAGCGAGCCAUCAGGGUCAGAGACGACUCAAUUGGCCAUGUCAAAACAUUCUCUGAGAUCCUUCGAGCCAAGAAGAAAAGGCAGGAAGAGCAGCAGGAGCAGAACCCUAACCCUACAAAGGCAAAGCACAUUGUUGAGAAAGAUCCAGGCAAUAGCCAAGCAGAGUCUAACACAGCGGGGGCUAGUCCUGAGGCCACAAACUUGGUGGAAGUAAGAGUAAAGACCCUGGAGGAGAUCCGCAGGGAGAAGGCAGCGAGGAUGCAGGCUAAACAGGCUUUGGAGGCUGAAAACAAGAGGAGCUCUCAUACAGAGGAGAAUGGUGCUAAGAGGCCUCGCCUACUGCGCAUCAACAAACUGGCUUCCCAAAGCAACAUCGGAGCAGAGAGGAGUGCUGAUGUGACAGCAAAGCCACUGAAAACUGCUGCCCCUGGGACCAGCCCUGCCACCAGUAACAAUGUCAAGGUCAAGACCUUCGAGGAGAUCAUGCGCGAGAAACGCCUUCGCAAGCAGGAAUUAGAGGAGCAGGGCAAAACCUCAGCUGAGGCAGAGCUUUCUCAGAAACAGACUGCUGAUGGGUCCCUGACCAGGAAGGCUUUUGCCGAAGACAAUCUUUCGUCGCCAGGUUCUUCAUCACCAUCCUCCACUACUCUGACCCCUGACACUACCCCCUCCACCCAAAAGCUCUCUGUUCGUAAACUCAUCCCUCUGAAAUCCAAGGGUGCUUCAUCUGUCAGCAGCACUCCUGCUCCUGGUACAACUGUUGCAGCCGUUACAGCUGUGAAGCAGAGCUUUUCUCCACAGGGAGGUGAGACGGAGUUCCGCUCACAGAGCACCAGCAGCUCCAGCGAGGCCCCAGACAAAAACACAAGGAACUCCACUGCACUUUCACCAGCCAAGCAGUCCAGAACAGCUACUCAGGGUCCUAAUGCAGAGGUCCCUAUAUCUGACAAAACACUGAACAAUAAUCAUAAGAAAUCAGAACACACUACAGACACCAAAGUGAGGCCCAAACUGAAUGUGAAACCGUCUGUCAUGAAGCCUGCAGUGCAGGUGAAACCAGGCCACAAGAGGAGGGGACCAGAGCGAUCAGCUGUUGCUGCUGUGAAACCUCUGAACAGCACAUCCACAGAGUUGGAAGAGCCACUGCAGGAGACAGCAGUGUGCAGAGAUGGACAGGUGUUCCCAUCCUCCAGUGCAGAGGGUCAGCUGAGCUCUACUGUUCCCUGCAGUCCAAGUACCCUGCUGGACUCAGGCUCCAGCCCCAGCCCACUGAGAGAGGAGCUCCAGACUGUCCCCAUCUUCAAACAGAGUGCAAGCCAGGAAACCAAGACAACCCUCAGUGUUGCUACUUCCAGAGAGGCCUGUGCAGUCCCCCAAAGCCCAGUCCUGAAGUCUCCCACUCAACCCAAGGCACGGAGACAGAGUACAACUGUGUCCCGCACAACCUCCGCAUCCAGAGCUGCUCCCUCCACCUCGGCCGUGGAUGACUUUGAGGACCUGAUAAAUGAGUUCACAGAUGACCAUCUGGAGGAGGACAUGGACACUGGCAUUGGAGAGGACGACCUGCUGCAGGAACUAUCAGAGAUGAUUGACAGCUGAGGGCUCCGUCAACUACAGACAACACCCGUCCACACGACCUUGUCUUGUGAUUCUGUAUUUACAAGAAGGGAAGACUAUCAUCCAGUAUCUAUCAUGGAGUGUUUUAAAGACUUUUUUUCUUCAGAGUUUUAGGUUAAGGUUUUUUGUUCUUCUCUCAUUUACAGUCCUUUGUCAUUUCCUACCAUUAUGAUCAUUUUUUGGCAUUUUUUUAUUCUGUAGGGUUUUGAUUUUCCUUAUUAUAUCUGUUUAUGAUCACUGUCCAAAAUUUCCAGGACCUGAGAAGAAAAAAUGAAAAGGACUCUGGUUUUCAGGGAGAACUUAAGAACACCCUGUGACUGUCAAGAAAUCCUUGAUGAUGUUAAAUGUGGGGAAUGAUGAAUGACUCAUUUUAGAGAGAAGGCAUAUUUGUAUACUGCGUAUGCAAAGGGAAGAACAAGCUGAAUAUAGAAGUAAUGAAUACUGCUGCACUAAACAGUAGCCUGCCAUCAACUACUCAUUUGAUUUUAAAUUUAUGGGUGGACGAGACUGUUGUUUCAGUCAGUUUUAUUGAAGGGUGACCCUGUCUUCAAAGCAGCAAUGGUCAGAACCUUAGAGAAGUUAUGACCGAUGGAAUUUUCCAAAAUCCAACAGUCAUGUUAUAAACAUGAGAGUUGUUUUAUCCUUCAGGUAUAUGUGCUGGAGAGAUUUUUCCACUCAGAUCUUAUGGAGUGCCCCUUCUGCCUGUGACCGUUCUUCCCUUAGUGUGUUUUUUUUUAAUAAUAUUUGAAAGGUGUAUAUUUUUUAACCAGUUCUUUUAUUCAGUGGGCAAACUUUGAAACACCUAGUCUGGGAGAAAUGUUGAAGCGUUCUCUGAUCUUUGUUAAUGAACACCUCAGGGACUGUUUCUGAUAUUUGUAUGCUCUUUUUAUGAUUGACAAACACUGUAUUUCAUUUCAACAAUGCUUUCCUUUUUUGUGCUUUUGUGUUAGCAUCGGUUUAUCAGUGUGGUCUUAGACAAAACAACUUGUUUUUUCCUCUUAGUAUGUUUGCUCUGCCCUGACCCUUUUCCUCAAGCUUACUGUUAAAAGUGACUUGUACAAAUUACUGUGUAAAUAAAAAUGCUUUUAAUGAUCA